AUGCAGAACGGUAAAAAGUACCUGGCAGAUGUAAAAGAGGAACAGUUAACGUCAAGAAUUGUCCCUUGUCCAGCGGAACUGGUCCUCCUGGCUGAUCUUGCAGUGAUUUCUCAGCAUAUUGAAACUCGGCUCCUGCAAAGCUCAUCUUUAGAACCUUCACAAAUCUUUGUUUUGGCACGAGAUCAGGCGCAGUUCAAGGUGUUAUUCUUUGCAGGGGAUCAGGCGGCUGAUCUUUUACAGUUGAAAACUGGGGAUAUUUUGCAUUUUUCGGAUAACUCGGGUUUCCUACUCAACCAUAACUGGACCAAGACGUUGCGAUCGGGGGACAAGCACGUCUUCACCUUCAAGAGGGGUACUAAUAAGAUGGUUUGUCCUCUCGGUGGCCUAGAGCUCUACGUUCGCAUUUGA